GGCCAUAAGUUGAUUACACUCACUCAUGAACUAGACAAAGAAGGGUUUAACAGAAAACCCCCAACUUUACAAGAUCGAAAAAACUCAAAGGUAGAAGAAGAAGCAACAAAAAUGGGGUUUGGAACCCUAAGAUCUCUCAUUCGUCCUCUUUCAAGAGCACUUUCUUCUCAUUCUUCAACUUCAAUCACUCAAUCACCAUUAUCUUCUCAAAUUCUCCCCAAAUUUCUCUCUCCAAAAAUUCAACCAGUUUUUGGGCACUCCAUUUUUCGCUCAAUUCAUCUGGAUUCUCUCCCUUCUCUCGCAUCCAAACCUUUCGACCAUUUAACCAAUCCACGCUUUCCCAAGCGCCGCCCAAGUCUUAGUUCCCGCCGCAAGCGCUCUAGCCUCCGCCCCUCUGGGCCAUAUGCUUGGGUUAAGCAUGUACCUGGGGAGGCUAUUCCACCAAGUCAACCCAAUGAAGGGAGUGUCAAGUUGAGGAAUGAGAAGAAACGCCGAAGGCAACGUCGUGAAUUUAUCAAGUCUGAAAGAAAGAAGAGAAAGGCUGAAGUGCAGGAGGCAAAUCGCAAGAAAAGGGAGAAAAGGAUUGAACGUAAGAUGGAAGCAGUUGCUAGAGAUAGAGAUUGGUCUCAGAGACUUGCAGAGUUGCAACGACUUGAAGCGGAGAAAAAUAAAACAACAGCCUGAAAACCUGCCUAAGACCUAUUCUCUUACAUUUGCUCAUGAACUGCUGUUAGGGCUGAGAGUCAUAUAUUGAACAUUUGGUGCAUUUAGUGUUACUUAUGUGCAACCGCCGUGGGCUACCCUCCGUUCCAUCUUGUUGCAUCACCAAUUGGAAUUGACAUGUUUGCCUUUCAGUAGUGGACCAGACUUGCUAUAUUUUGUUUCUUCUUGCAGUUUGUUUACUACGUCUACAUGUAAUACUUUUGUCUUUGAAAUAAUCCUUGACGAAUUGCUGAAUUCUAUGGAUAACUUGUGCAUGCUACUUGGAAAAAAGAAAUUAUUUGUUAUACACCAGCAUUUUCAGUGCACAA